AUGGGUGAUGGAACUUUUUCGUACACCAUCGUUGAUGAACCCAGGAAGUCUGGAUCGAGGGGAAAUCGGAAACCGGAAGCCGUUGAGACGACAAAGAGAGUUGCCGGUAGUUUCAAGCGAAACCCUAACCUCUCUUUCCGAGAAGCCGCAAAUAAGCUGUUUUUUAAGAUGGAUUCGUCUGACGAGGAAUACUUUGCCUCUCCUGGAACAAUUAAUUUCAUUAUGAACAACAAAAGAAAUUUCGCUGUUCAUCCAAUCAAUCGGAACCGAAAAAAAGAUGGAGAAUUUUAUCGGCUCUAUCCAGAGUUGAGGAAAUAUCCAAACAAGUUCCGAUCAUGCACCAGAAUGUCGAUGGAAACAUUUGACAUGGUGUUGGAUUCCAUUAAAGGCAGAUUGAUGAAGCGCUGGACUAACUUCAACCAUGAUCCGAUUCAUCCUUGCGAACGGUUGAUUGUCUCCCUAAGGUAUCUUGCUACAGGAUCAUCGUUUCAGACCCUUGGGUUUUCCUUCCGGAUGGGACGAUCCACAGUUGCAAGUAUUGUUCGGGAAACAUGUCAAGCACUUUGGAAAAUACUGCAACCAAUAUAUAUGCCGGUUCCUACACAACAGAUGUUCUUAAGUGUUGCAGACGAGUUUUGGGCUAGAUGGAAUUUCCCAAACUGCAUUGGCUGCAUCGACGGGAAACACAUCCGCAUCAAAUGUCCGAGUGGAACAGGUUCGUUAGCUUACAAUUACAAGGGCUUCCAUUCUACUGUUCUGCAAGCUGUUGCGGAUGCCAAUUAUAAGUUCCUGGCGGUGGAAGUUGGAGGAUGGGGACAACAAAGCGACGGAGGUACAUUCAGCGCCUCCGACUUUUACCAUCACUUGAAAAACGGCACUUUGAAUAUCCCUCCCGAUGCACCACUUCCAGAUCCGGAUCUCGGUAUCAAUAUGCCCUACGUCUUCAUCGGCGAUGAGGCAUAUCCGCUGAUGAGAAACGUACUUCGACCUUACCCUCGGGCACAACUUGAUCAAUCAAAGGAGUAUUUUAACGUACGCUUGUCCAGGGCUCGAAAAUGCGUCGAAUGCGCCUUUGGUAUUAUGACAGCCAAGUGGAGAAUUCUUAUGAAACCCAUUGAAACGACACUGGAAUUUGCGGACGACAUUAUAAAAGGAAUUUGCAUCCUUCAUAACACGAUCAUUGACCGUGAAGGAAUCGACAUGUUGCUAGAUGAGCUUGCAGAGAACAGCAGGACAAUUCAUCUUCCGAGCCGUUGGAUUCAAGAUGACGACUCCUACAGAAUGUCCACAGGAUCCGGUUGUUACGUGCGUGAUUAUUUUUCAAAAUUUGUGAAUGAAAAUAAACUUAAUUGA